AUGAUCGGCGCCGCCACCCGAAGCCUCGCUCGCAACACGGCCCGCCUGGUCCAGCCUCUGGCAUCCACCUCGCGUCUCGCCGCCGCCUCGCCCGCACCUCUGGCCCGCGCCGCCCUCGUCGCCCCGACCCUGCGCAACUUCGGCACCACCCGCCCCCUCCUCGGCGCGGGAGAGAGCGACGUCGAGCUCUCGUCGCGCCUCGCCCACGAAAUCGCCUUUGAAAAGGAAAACAACGCCUCGGUCCUGCCCGCCCCCGACGCAGAGCCCGAGUUUGUCACCAAGUUCAAGCAGACGGGCAUCUGGAAGAUUGACGACAAGCCGGGCAUGGACGAAAUCAUCCUCUCGCGCGAAUUCGGCAACGAGCACAUCCGCAUCCUCGUCAGCAUCGGCGACAUCGACACCACCUCGGCCGACCCCACCGACCUCGACGCCCACGACGGCCAGGACGGCGCCGCACCCCACGACGGCGUCGACCCGGACCACCCCGAAGACGACCCCUCGAGCGUCGCCGCCUUCCCCGUCAGGAUGGCCAUCACCAUCUCCAAGCCCAACCGCGGCGCAAUGACCUUUGAGGCCGUCGCCGCCGACGGCGAAAUGAGCAUCGACAACAUCACCUUCCUCCGCGACAACAAAAUGGCAGAGGACCUCACCGUAGAGGCAGACUGGGCCAGGCGCGGCGUCUACGUCGGUCCCCAGUUCGACACCCUUGACGAGGGCGUGCAGGAGCAGUUUGAAAACUUCCUCGUCGAGCGCGGCAUCGACCAGGACCUGGCCCUCUUUAUCCCCAACUUUGCAGAGUACAAGGAGCAGAAGGAGUACUGCCAAUGGCUCGAAAACGUCAAGGACUUCGUCGACGCCUAA